AUGGAAUCUUCAUCACUGCUUAGUCUGCAGCCUUGGCUCGCGGCUCUCAUCUCGCUCGCCACUGCCCUGGUGGUUGGCUUCGCCGUCGCGCUGUGGAGCCUCGGCCGGCAGCGGCUGCUGGAAUCGAGGUUAGCGGCUGCCGAUGAGGGCGUGCGGCGGCUCGAAGCGACUCGCGAACAGCUCGCCAGCGAGCUCGGCGAGUCUCGGCAAGCCCACGAAGUCCAGGAAGCUCGAACCGAAGACGCACUGCGCCGGCUGGCAGUCCUCGACAGUGAACAUCGCCAACAAACCGAGCAGCUCGCCGAGCAGCGCCGCCUGCUGAGCGAUGCCGAGAGCCGCCUCGGCGAUACCUUCUCGGCCCUCGGCACCAAGGUUUUUCGCGCCAACAGCGAGCAGUUCAUGGAGCUCGCCAGCCAGACUUUCGACAAGCUGCGCAGCCAGGCCAAGGGCGAUGUCGAGCAGAAGCAGGUCGAGAUCAACGCACUGGUCAAGCCGCUCAAAGAGAUGCUCGAACGGCAGAAUCAGGCCCUUGGCGACCUCGAGACCCGCCGCGAAGUGGCCUAUCGUGGGCUCGAAGAGCAAAUCAAGACGAUCGCCAGCUCGCACCAAUCGCUGCAUCGCGAAACCCGCCGCCUGACCACCGCCCUACGCCGUCCCGAGCAACGUGGCCGCUGGGGCGAGCUCCAGCUGCGCAACGUGGUCGAGCUUGCCGGCAUGACCGAACACUGCGAUUUCGAGCUGCAGCCGGCGACCGACGAUCCGAGCAACCGUUACCGCCCCGACAUGACUGUGCGGAUGCCCGGCGGCGGAGUUAUCGUGGUCGAUUCUAAAGUGGCGCUCGAUGCCUACCUCGACAGUCUCGAGGCCGACUCCGAAGCCCAGGACAGCCGCCUGCGCCACGCCAACCAGGUCCAGCAGCACUACAAGACCCUGGCCUCGAAACGCUACUGGGAUCAGUUCGCCGACCAGCACACCCCCAAGCUGGUGGUGAUGUUCAUGCCACUCGAGUCGGCCCUGGUGGCCGCGCUCGAAACCAAGCCCGACCUGCACACCAAAGCGAUGCAGAACCACGUGCUGAUCGCCACCCCGACCCUGUUGGUUGCCUUGUUGCGCUCGGUGGCCUACGGCUGGCAGCAAGAGAGCAUCGCCGAGAACGCGCGCAAGAUUUCGCUCACCGGCAAGGAGCUCUAUGGCCGGCUGGCCAAAUUCGUCGAGCAUUUCGAGCGCAUCGGCACCAAUCUGGGCCGCGCCGGCACGGCCUACAACGACGCCGUCGGCUCGCUCGAACGGCGGGUGCUGCCAGCAGCUCGCGAUCUCAAGGACCUGCACGCCACUUCCGACUCGGACAUCGAGCCGCCGGCCCUACCUCGAGGCGAGGUGCGGCAAUUCAGCGCGCCCGAGCUACGGUCUGGAGAAGAGAUGCCGGCCGCGGAUCCGGCCGCGAAAGCCGGCACCGAGACCUAG